GGGCGGAAGUGAGUGAGUGAGUGCGGCCCUGGGUCCUGGGCCUGGAGUUUGGUGAAGCGCCGACGCCCAGAGAUCCCGAGCCGGCCCCGCAGCCGCUACACACCCGCCCUCAGGCCGCAGCCCGGCCCCCGUCACCGCCACCAUGAUCCUGCUCGAGAUCAACAACCGCAUCGUCGAGGAGACGCUCAGCCUCAAGCUGGAGAACGCGCUGGCCGGCAAUAAACCUGACACGGUGGAAGUCACUUUUGCAGAUUUCGAUGGCGUCCUGUAUCACAUCUCCAACCCCAACGCGGACAAGACCAAGGUGAUGGUCAGCAUCGCCCUCAAGUUCUACAAAGAGCUGCAGGAUCACGGAGCGGACGAGCUGCUGAAGCGAGUAUAUGGCUCUUACCUUGUGGCCCCUGAAUCAGGCUACAACGUGUCGCUGCUCUUUGACCUGGACAGCAUCCCCCCCAACAAGGCGGAGGUGGUGCACCAGGCGGGCAUGCUGAAGAGGAACUGCUUCGCCUCCGUCUUCGAGAAGUACUUCAACUUCCAGCAGGAAGGCAAGGAGGGGGAGAGCCGCGCCCUCAUCCACUACCGUGAAGACGAGACCCUGUACGUGGAGGCCAAGAAGGACCGCGUGACCGUGGUCUUCAGCACCGUCUUCAAGGAUGAUGAUGACGUGGUGAUUGGGAAAGUCUUCAUGCAGGAGUUCAAGGAGGGUCGACGUGCGAGCCACACCGCCCCCCAGGUGCUGUUCAGCCACCGCGAGCCCCCCCUCGAGCUGAAGGACACCGACGCUGCCGUGGGCGACAACAUCGGAUACAUCACCUUCGUGCUGUUCCCACGACACACCAACCCUGCCACCCGUGACAACACCAUCAACCUGAUCCACACCUUCAGGGAUUACCUGCAUUACCACAUCAAGUGCUCCAAGGCUUACAUCCACACCCGCAUGAGGGCCAAGACGUCCGACUUCCUCAAGGUGCUGAACCGCGCCCGGCCCGAGAUUGAGAAGAAAGAGAUGAAAACCAUGUCGGGGAAGACAUUCUCAGCCCGAUAAUAAGCCUGGAGGUCAUUGAGCGGUGAUGGGGGGGGGUGGGGGAGGGGCCCCAGACUCCUCCCCACCCUCCAGCCACACGGGGUCACGGCCCCCUCCCCUGCGCUGAUGAGUGUCCGUCUCUGCUUCCCGGUGACCCAGGGGCCCUCAGACUUAAACCCCCCAACGCCCCAAUGCUGUGUCUCCUAACGGUCAACUCUUGCCUGUCCCUGCUCACUAACACAUCGCGUAUCGCCCCCUCCCCCAUGGACCUGUACCGCUGGUCUGUCUGGGACCAACGCCGUCCCGGCACAAUAAACAUUUUGUACGUCA